GUGACCCUGGGAGGUUUAAAUUCAAUGGCGCCUCUCAUUGGAGGCCGCCAUCUUCCGUACGUAAGAACCAGGCAUUGCGCAUGCUCUUCGUCUUCCGGGGAAAACAAAGCCGACUUGGGCGCAUGCUCGUCCCGUCUCCUGGACGUCCAGCCGGCUGUGACUUGAGUAGAAGGAUUGCGAGCGAGGACGGCGGGCUUUGGGGCCUCGGAAAGCCGACAAUAUGGAGGCACCUCCAGUCACCAUGAUGCCUGUAACAGGUGGCACUAUUAAUAUGAUGGAGUAUUUACUGCAGGGAAGUGUUUUGGAUCACAGUCUGGAGAGCCUUAUACAUCGACUUCGGGGUCUGUGUGACAACAUGGAGCCUGAAACUUUUCUGGACCAUGAAAUGGUGUUCCUCUUAAAGGGGCAACAAGCUAGUCCUUUUGUUUUAAGGGCCCGGAGAUCGAUGGACAAGACAGGGGCACCCUGGCAUCUGCGCUACCUGGGACAACCUGAGAUGGGGGACAAGAAUCGCCAUGCCCUAGUACGUAACUGUGUAGAUAUUGCCACGUCAGAAAACCUGACUGAUUUCUUGAUGGAGAUGGGCUUCCGAAUGGACCAUGAAUUUGUUGCCAAGGGCCACUUGUUUCGAAAAGGCAUCAUGAAAAUCAUGGUAUAUAAGAUUUUCCGCAUUCUGAUGCCAGGAAACACAGAUAGCACUGAGGCCUUGUCCCUCUCCUAUCUUGUAGAACUAAGUGUUGUGGCACCAGCAGGACAGGACAUGGUUUCUGAUGACAUGAGAAAUUUUGCUGAACAACUAAAACCUUUGGUUCACUUGGAGAAGAUAGACCCCAAAAGACUAAUGUGACAGAACGGGACUGCCUGACAAUAGAGCCUGUUUUUGCAUUACAGAAACCAAGACUCUAAAUAAAUAUCCUUGGACUUCUUUGGACUUCUUUGCUUCAAGAAUAAGGGUCCCAGGAGCUUACCUGAGAUCUGGACCUCAAAUCUCCUUUUCUGGAGAUCUCAACAUGGUUGGCACCAUAUAAUUAGCUUAUUUGUUGGGGUAUAUUAGCUGUACCUUUUUUUAAUUACAUUUUUUUCAGUUACCAAACCUUUCUUUAUUUUUGUCCUCUUCUGCAAUGUAAAAGAAAAACAAAAUCCUUGAAAUAAAUCAUAAGCAGUGCUAUUUUGAUGAUCUGAGAUCUGACCUUAAAUUUGAUCAGAUUUCAUUCUGUUAAUCCUUUUCUGUUAGCAAAGGAAAAAGAAGGUGAACAAAAACAGUUUUUUGCUGGCAAGGGAAUUUUAUUAACUCAGUUUUCCUCAUUAAAAUUUUGAGUGAAAGUAUAUAAGACCAAACACAGUUAAAAUAUCUCGUAUGGUAAAGAUAUGUAUAAAGCAUUGGUUCCAUAGUUUCUCAUCAAAGAACAGACUUUUUCCACCCUAACCAUUAACAGGUUUGUUAUCAACCAAAGAAGCAUGCUGUAAUCUACACAUUCUGUGAAGCCAAAACAAUGGCAAUUCAUGGUGUGAUUAAUGUAAAGAAUAAUUAUUUUUAAUAUUUUGUGAAUACUCCUUUUUUCCAAGUCAGUUACCUAGAUAGUCCUUUCAUCUCCCUCAUUUCCCAAAUUAAAUCUUCCCUUGUAAAAUCAUUUAAACAAAAAACAUCCUCUCCAUAUUACAUUCCAGUGCUUCACCUUUGAGAGGCAGAAUGUUUAUUUCCUUAUCUGUUCUCCCUAGUUCAUUAUUGGUUUUUUAUUUACUCAGAAUAAUUAAAUAAUUCCUUUAAAUGACUGUUUUAUUGACAGUGCGUUUUGUCUAUUCUUUGCUUCUGCUGACUUCAUUCUAUAUCAGUUUAUACAAAUGUACCCUAAGAAUUAUUUGUUGUUUUUUAAAUUAAAUUUAUUCUUUCUAGUAUACAGGCUGUGUAGCCUCAUGACAGAGAACACAGGGAGUAUGGACUAGAAUAAGACUUCUUAAACUUUUCCACUUGACCCCUUUCACCUGAGAAAGUUUUAUGUGAUCCCAGGUACAUAAGUAUAUAAAAUAGUUACACAAAUCAAACAUUUACUGAUAGUAAAUUAUACUUUUGAGACCUCACAUUCAGUUACGUGACCUGUAUGGGGUUGCAAACUACAUGUUAAAAAAUUGGGGACUAGAGGAUCUUAGGUGUCUUUACUUAAAUUUUACCUCUUUUUGGUAAUUUACUAGUAUUGAACUUUCUGGUUUUGGCAUUCAAAUGUUUACAAAGUUAAAUAGGUUGCUUUCGCAAAAUGUCUAAUAGCAUUUUUUUUUUAAUCCUGAAAAAUGUACUCUUCUGACUUUACAAUUUCUUUUUUUGGCAAGGAAUUUAUUUUUUAAAUAGUAUUUUAUUUUCACAAAUAAAUGCAAAGAUAGUUUUCAACAAUCAUUUUUGUAAGACUUGUAUGUUCCAAUUUUUUCUCCUUCCUUCAUUUUCCUCCCUUCCUAAGACAUAAAGUAGUUCGAUAUAGAUUAAACAUGUGGAAUUUUUAUAAACAUAUUUCUAUAUUUAUCAUGCUACACAAGCAAAAUCAGAUCAAACUGGGUAAAAACCGUGAGGAAGAAAAAACCUAAUAAACAAAAAGGUGAAAAUGCUAUGCUUUAAUCUAUAUUCAAUCUUUAUAGUUUUCUCUCUGGAUAUACAUGAACUUUUCAUCUCAAGUCUAUUGGAAUUGCCUUGAAUCACCUCUUUGUUGAAAAGAGCCAUAACUUUAUAAUUUCUAACAGGAAUCCAUUAAUUCUCACAGUCAUCCAGUUCCAAGCCUGAAUGAUAGCUGAACCUUGCUUUUUGUUAUUUUCCAUAACUGAUCAUUCACCCAGUCCUGGUCACUCUUUCCUUCAUAAUGCUUCUUGAAAGAAUUGCAUAUAUUUAAUUUAUAUUGGAUUGUUUGCUGUCUAUGAGAGGGAGGGAGUAAGAAGGGAGAGAGAAAAAUUUGGAACACAAGGUUUUGCAAAGGUAAAUUUUGAAAACUAUUGCACAUGUUUGAGAAAAUACAAAUCUAUUUAAAAUUUAACAAAUAAUGCUUCUUGAAUCUCUCAUUUUAUUCCCACUGCUACAAUCCUAGUUAAGACCUUCAUUAAAUAUCAGUUUUAUUACUGAAUAUUAUCUUAACGGAUAGUUCCCUACUUUCAAUGUCUACCCAUCCAAUCUAACUCACUCAUAUAAUAUUGUGACAUUAAUCUUAAAACACUGUUUUCAUCAUAUCACUUUUUUGCUCUAAAGAAAUUGCAUGUAUUGCCCACUGGAAAAAAUAUUGUAGGAUUUAAAUAUAGCUUGGUUAUUCCCA